CCUCUCUUCUCCACCUCCUCCUUCUUCCUCGUCGGGCAACUUGAGAGGCCAAAGAGAUGAAGCAGAACGGCUCGUUUUCCGGUCACGGUGAGGUCUCCGACGUAAAGAAGGAGAGGAUGGGUGAAGAUAAAGCCGCAGCCGAGCGCGAGAAGCAGCAGAAAGUGUCCUUGCUGAAGCUCUUCUCGUUCGCCGACUCCUCCGACUACGUCCUCAUGGCGAUCGGGUCGGUCGGCGCGUGCCUCCACGGCGUCUCCGUCCCCGUUUUCUUCAUCUUCUUCGGAAAGAUGAUAAACGUCAUCGGGAUGGCCUAUCUCUUCCCUAAAGAAGCUUCCCACAAAGUUGCCAAGUACUCGUUGGAUUUUGUAUAUCUCAGUGUGGCUAUCCUAUUUUCAUCAUGGAUAGAGGUUGCCUGCUGGAUGCAUACUGGAGAGAGGCAGGCGGCGAAGAUGAGAAUGGCGUAUCUGAGGUCGAUGUUGAGUCAAGACAUUAGUCUUUUCGACACCGAGGCUUCAACUGGGGAGGUCAUUUCUGCGAUCACGAGCGACAUUAUUGUUGUUCAAGAUGCUCUCUCUGAGAAGGUAGGGAACUUCAUACACUACAUAAGCCGGUUUCUGGGAGGCUUCAUAAUCGGGUUCGUCCGGGUAUGGCAGAUCAGUCUUGUGACACUGUCUAUCGUACCCCUGAUCGCACUUGCCGGUGGCAUAUAUGCAUACGUUGCCACAGGUCUUAUUGCCCGAGUCCGGAAAUCCUAUGUAAAAGCUGGAGAAAUAGCAGAAGAGGUGAUUGGGAAUGUCAGAACGGUCCAUGCUUUUGCCGGAGAAGAGAGGGCAGUGAGAUCAUACAGGAGAGCUCUUAUCAAUACUUACCAGUACGGGAGGAAGGCAGGAUUGGCCAAGGGCUUGGGACUCGGCUCGCUGCAUUGCGUGCUCUUCCUUUCGUGGGCGCUUCUCGUUUGGUUUACGAGCAUUGUCGUUCAUAAGGGUAUCGCCAAUGGUGGCGAUUCCUUCACAACCAUGCUCAAUGUCGUCAUAGCCGGAUUGUCACUAGGCCAGGCGGCACCGGAUAUCUCUGCAUUCAUCCGUGCAAAAGCAGCUGCGUAUCCCAUUUUCGAGAUGAUUGAGAGGAGCACAAUGAGCAAAACCAGCUCAAAAACUGGUCAGAAAUUGAGCAAUGUGGAAGGACACAUACAAUUCAAGGAUGUGAUGUUCAGCUACCCGUCUCGUCCCGACGUGGUCAUCUUCGAUAAGCUCUGCCUCGAUAUUGCUCCAGGUAAGAUCGUGGCGCUUGUGGGUGGAAGCGGAUCGGGGAAAAGCACGGUGGUCUCUCUGAUCGAGCGCUUCUAUGAGCCGCUCGCCGGGGAGAUCCUGUUGGACAGAUGCAACAUCAGAGACCUCGACCUCAAAUGGCUGAGGCAGCAAAUCGGGCUGGUCAAUCAGGAGCCCGCCCUGUUCGCCACGAGCAUUAGGGAGAACAUACUCUACGGUAAAAAUGAGGCCACUCUCGAUGAGAUCACUCGUGCAGCAAAGAUGUCGGAGGCUCUCUCUUUUAUUAACAACCUCCCUGAGAGAUUCGAAACUCAGGUCGGCGAGAGAGGAAUACAACUAUCGGGUGGCCAGAAGCAAAGGAUAGCUAUUUCGCGGGCAAUAGUUAAGAAUCCAUCCAUUCUUCUACUGGAUGAAGCCACGAGUGCGCUCGAUGCCGAAUCCGAGAAAAGCGUGCAGGAGGCACUCGAUCGUGCUAUGGUAGGGAGGACCACUGUCGUGGUUGCACAUCGGCUUUCUACCAUCAGAAAUGCAGAUGUGAUCGCGGUUGUCCAGGACGGAAAGAUAGUUGAAACAGGGAACCACGACGAACUAAUCUCGAACCCGAACAGUGCAUAUGCGUCGCUGGUUCAACUCCAGGAGACCGCUCACUUGCAGCGGUAUCCUUCACAGGGUCCUACAAUGGGACGACCACUCAGCAUCAGGUUUUCAAGAGAACUAUCCCGGACAACAACUAGCUUUGGUACAAGUUUUCGCUCAGACAAAGAGUCUCUUGGUCGCAGUGGCGUUGAUACAGUUGACAGUCUAAAGCCGAGGCAUGUUUCUGCCAGAAGAUUGUACUCCAUGGUCACUCCCGACUGGAUUUACGGGAUGUUUGGCACUGUUUGUGCUCUUAUCGCUGGAGCCCAAAUGCCGCUUUUCGCUCUCGGAGUCUCCCAAGCUCUUGUGUCCUUUUACAUGGGUUGGGAGACGACGAAGCACGAGGUUAAGAAGAUUUCUCUGCUAUUUUGCGGGGCCGCAGUAGUGACUGUCAUUGUUCAUGCAAUCGCGCAUUGUUCCUUUGGCAUCAUGGGAGAGCGGCUCACUCUUCGGGUCAGGGAAAGGAUGUUUGCAGCCAUUUUGAGGAACGAGAUCGGCUGGUUCGAUGAUGUGAACAACACGAGUGCUAUGCUUUCAUCACAGCUAGAGACGGAUGCAACUUUGUUGCGAACCGUGGUUGUAGAUCGUGUGACGAUCCUCCUGCAAAAUGUAGGCUUGAUCGUCGGUUCUUUCGUCAUCGCUUUCAUCCUGAACUGGAGGAUAACGCUCGUUGUCAUAGCCACCUAUCCGUUGGUCAUAAGCGGGCACAUCAGCGAGAAAAUGUUCAUGCGAGGCUACGGUGGAAACUUGAGCAAAGCAUAUCUAAGAGCCAACAUGUUGGCUGGUGAGGCCGUGAGUAAUAUCCGCACGAUAGCUGCGUUUUGCUCAGAAGAGAAGGUGCUUGAUCUCUAUGCGAGCGAGCUCGUCGAGCCUUCCAAGCGUUCGUUCUCUCGCGGUCAGAUUGCAGGCAUCUUCUACGGCAUUUCCCAGUUCUUCAUUUUCUCAUCAUACGGCCUUGCCUUGUGGUAUGGUUCGGUUUUGAUGGGGCAGGGACUCGCUAGCUUCAAAUCGGUCAUGAAAUCAUUCAUGGUGUUGAUCGUUACCGCUCUAGCUAUGGGAGAGACCUUAGCAAUGGCCCCGGACCUGCUCAAGGGGAAUCAAAUGGUUGCCUCGGUAUUCGAAGUCCUCGACCGCAAGACCGAGGUCAUGGGGGAUGUCGGGGAAGAGCUAACUGUGGUAGAGGGCACGAUCGAGCUCAGGGGAGUCCAUUUCAGCUACCCCUCCAGGCCCGAUGUGAUCAUUUUCAGGAACUUCGAUCUGAAAGUGCAAUCAGGCAAGAACAUGGCUUUAGUCGGGCAAAGCGGGUCUGGUAAAAGCUCUGUGCUUGCUCUUAUACUCCGGUUUUAUGAUCCGACGGCAGGGAAAGUGAUGAUCGAUGGCAAGGACAUCAAGAAACUCAAACUCAAAUCACUCCGGAAACACAUUGGCCUCGUCCAACAGGAGCCAGCUCUCUUUGCCACAUCUAUCCAUGACAACAUCGUCUAUGGGAAAGAAGGAGCGUCCGAGGGAGAAGUCAUCGAAGCGGCUAAGCUUGCUAAUGCUCACAGCUUCAUCAGUUCCCUUCCCGAGGGCUACUCGACCAAAGUCGGCGAGCGUGGGGUGCAGCUCUCGGGCGGACAGAAGCAAAGAGUGGCCAUCGCUCGGGCCAUCCUAAAGAACCCGGAGAUCUUGCUUCUGGAUGAAGCAACUAGCGCCCUGGAUGUGGGGUCCGAGCGUAUCGUGCAACAGGCUCUAGAUAGGCUGAUGAGGAACCGGACGACGAUCAUGGUCGCGCAUAGGCUAUCGACCAUCAAGAACGCUGACCAGAUCUCCGUCGUGCAAGACGGGAAGAUCGUAGAGCAAGGGACUCAUUCUGCCCUCAUAGAGAACACGGACGGACCGUACUACAAGUUGAUUAACCUCCAGCAACAGCAGCGGCGACAGCAUCAUCAUCAAUGAUUAUCGACCACGAUGACAACAAACCGAUUGACAGCAGCAUGAUUUGUGAAGGGGUCUUUCUGAUCUUAUACUUAUAUGUCCUUAAAUUCUGUUGAUUUGUAUCUUACCAAUUGUGUGUUUGCAUCGAUUGUUUCUAUGUGAUGAUAAUAAUCAGAACGCCGGGGCGUUGAUCUAUGUAUAGAAAGUGGAACUUCCUACUUAGGUUCGGUCUAUGUUUAAUCGCCGCAACCUCAGUUGAUGUUUAGUGGGAAAAAUAGUCAGAAAAAAUGUCGAUUUGGUCGGA